GCAUCCUUUAGUAUGUCCUCCAUAGCUACCAUCAGGAGGUGAAGAAAGUCAUAGAUGCGGCUCAAGGUAGGUGGGAGAGGUUCAAGGAGGGGAUGCAGAGGAAAUACCGCCUGGGAGACGGGUUGUUGACUACCACGGACCUUGAAGCGAUGAACAAAGAGGAUUUUACGACUAUAGAGGCCUUUGUUCAAGAAUUUAAGAAGAGGGCGCAGAAGGUCCAUGAGAUUUCGGAGGAAGCACAGUGCGCCAUCUUCCUGGGGCUACUUACAACAUCGGAGGCCGUCGAAUUGACGAGACAUGGAGGAGGUAGCACUAAGCUCACCUGGGCCACCAUUGACAGAGGGGUGGAAGUUAGGUGUUUGGACCAGGUGGAACAACGUCAGGUACGCCUGCAAAGACAAAAAAGAAAGGAAAGAGAUGCGACCGCUUCUGGGACCCCAGGAGUAACAAGGAUUGUUACAGACGUAUUGGCACAGCUAGGGUAUGCGACAGAGCCGGUGGUGCAAAGGAGGGUGGUGACGGCUGUUAAAGUAAAAGGAAAAGAGCCAGUGAUAGAGGAGGCUGGUCAGGAGGAGCUCUGGGAAGAGGAAGAGCCCGUGCCGCAGCACCUGACGAAGGUCCAGCGCAAAGUGCGUAAUUUGGCACAGGGCGGACAGGGAUCAGGAAAAGCGCAGGCGCAUCAGGCCCAGGCAGCAGCCCCUUUAAAUGUGGCGGCUCCAUCAUCUACUACGGGCCCCUCGCAAGGUGGGGCGCCCUCCUAUGGACAGUGGCCCUGGCUGGUGAUCAGCGCAAUUGUGCCAUGGGGAAGCACGCCGCCAGUAGCCGGACCACAAAUGAGUAUGCCACCACCCAUCUACCCCGCGGCCCAGGCCCAACCUGUGGCUCCGCCACCGUCACCUGAUCCCAGUUCACAGGGCAGUGUUGUAGGAGGUGGGAACCAGGGGCAGGGCAAUCAAGGCAGUGAAGGGAGGGGUGGAAGAAAGGGGCGAGGCAGGAAUAGCGGCGGAAGAGGAAGGCAAUGGAAUGGCCAAGGCCAGGGGUACCAAGGCCAAGGAAGUCAAGGCCAGGGGUACCAAGGCCAAGGGAGUCAAGGCCAGGGGUACCAAGGCCAGGGCUAUCAAGGCCGGGGGGAUCAGGGAAGUCAGGGGUAUGGAAGACCCCGCUUUGGCUGGAGGAUGGCCAUCUGUCAACAUUGUGACCAGCAGGGCCACACUAUAAGGUUCUGUAAUAUAACAUGGGAAGACGAGAGAAGCGGACUGAUUUCCUCUACUAUGGAUGGGAAUAUCUACGAUCAGUUUGGGGAGGCCAUUGACAGAAGGCUUGGAAGAGUGAGGGCUGAAGCCCAACGAAGAGCGGCAGCUGGGCCACCACUCCCUGCCAUGUUCAGGCUAUGGCAGGAAAAGGAGAAACCACCGUUUGGGGUGGAAGAAGUGGGGAGUGAUGAGGAAGUGACUCAAGAGCUGCGAGGAGGAAGUGAGACGGAAGAGGCCAUAAUCAUUGAGUCAGAUGACGGGAAUGAGGAGGAAAGAACGGAGCCUCUGUCCGUCUUAUUUGAGAAGAUUGAGGACUUGCUGGAUAAGAUGGGGAGGUACCAACAGGAGUUGGUAGGCCUCUGUGAAGGAGUGAAAGAAUGUAAGUCUAAUGUCCCCACAGUAUUCCUCUAUGACUCCGGCCCGGAGUCAACGCCUGGGCGACCCGGAGUAAAUGUGGUGGGGUCGUGCCCUCAACCAGGAAUGAGGGGGAGACCCCUCACUCCGCAGGCCUGGCUGGCACAGGCAGCGCGAACGAGAAAUCAAGCCAAGGUCAGUACCAGCCAAGAGCCUCCAAGGGGGGAACACGAACCAGGGAGAAGGAAAGAGGCUGUAGAAGUAGAGGACGACGAUGAUGAAGAGGMAGAGGACGAGAGGCUGCGCAGAGAAGAGGAUCAGAUAGCGGAGCAGCGGGCAAGGAAAAAGGGAACCAGGGGAGAGGCCGAACCGGUCAUACAUGACGGACCGCCCAAAAAGAAGAAAUACGCGGUCCGGUUGGAAGAGGGAUUUGAUGUAGAGAAGGUGAUUGACCGGCUGCUGGAAGGGCAUAAUGACCUCAUGACCCUGAAGGAAAUCCUAGCGUCAGCGCCGCGACUCCGCGAUGAACUAAAGGGGAGGUUAUCACGGCGUCUGGUGCCCAAUGUCCAUCUGGGUACAAUCCUGCCCAAGGAGGCAGAGUGGGCAGAGUCAGGUACGAAGAUGGACUGGAAGUGCGUAGCCUGCGGUACGGUGGAUUUGAUGGUGAAGGGUUCCAAGUGCGCAGCAAUGGUGGACACCGGGGCAGAGAUGAACAUUAUUCGAGAGGCGGACGCGAUCAGAUUCGGGCUGGAUAUAGACCGUUCUGACUGCGGUAUUCUGCAUGGAGCUAGCUGUAAGACCAUGUUUUGCGGGACAGCCUCGAAUGUGCUCGUCGAGGUAGGAAAGGUGAAGGCCAGGGCAUGUUUUUUCAUAAUGCCAGACGUGGACCAUGGAAUCCUCUUGGGGAGGUCAUUCCUAAGCAGGACAGAGACCGUGAUGUUCAACAAACAUGAUGGGACGUUGAUCCUCCUCUUAUGCGAUCCUGCCUGCAAAAAUUAUGAAAUAAUUACUUGCAGGAAUACCGGGCCAAGGAGUAUAAGGAACCGGCCCAAUCCUGGAUCAUUCACAAUCGAGGAAUUGGAAGGGGAGCGCAGGAGGCUCUGGGCAGAGCCCGAGGCAGAAGAGAGGGUGGAAGUAUUUUCCGUCAGCCUGUCAGAUGUUGGGAAGGCCAUGGACCUGGUGGCCGCGCAUGAGAUGGCAGAUCCGGAUGCCAUCCAGGCCUUGAGGGAACAAGUUCUGGAAUGCCCUGAGGCAGGAAGGGGACGGCUCAAGCAGGGUUCUCAAAGGCGGUACAAGACGGUAGAUAAGAAGUGUCGCCCGGUACCCGUCCUCGUUAAAGAGGACGAGGAAGCAUACUACGAGAGGGAACGAGGGUUGAUUCGACAAAUGAGGGAAAGUGCUUUAGCAGGGCCAUGUCGUAUCAACGAAGGGAACGAGAAGGAGUUGAUCAUAGGGGAGUCUGAUUUCCUGUUGCCUCAAGAGCGAACGCUGAUGGUGGAAUUAAUGAAGAGGAAGCAUCGCGCCUAUGCGUUUAUUGACGAGGAGCGUGGCAGGCUGGAUGUAGAUAAGAUACCUAUGAUCCGCAUCCACACCGUGCCACACGAGCCUUGGAACAUGAGAGGGGCGCGAUAUCCCAAUCCUUACGAGGAAAGGAAGGUGGUGGAUUAUCUCGACGGCAAGAUAUGUACUCACGUCGCCGACUAUUCAAGUGGACCAUAUGCGUCCCCGUGGUUCUGCUUUAUUAAGCCUAACGGGACGCUGCGGUGGGUGCAGAAUUUGCAAAGAUUGAAUGCAGUGACCGUCCGAGAUGCUGGAGGACUGCCGAAUGCAGACGCGCUGUCGGAAUCCUGUGCUGGAAGGCCUAUAAUUUCGCUUAUAGACCUUUACUCAGGAUACGAUCAGUUCCCAGUCUACCCGCCGGAUAGRCCGGUGACAGCUAUGCACACGCCGCGAGGAUUAGUCCACAUGAACGUGGCCCCACAAGGGUGGACCAACGCGGUAGCAAUGGUCCAACGGGCCAUGAUUCGGGCCAUGCAGUCAGUCAGCCCCCAUAUCACACAGCCAUACAUUGACGAUUUGGCAGUUAAGGGGCCGGCGAUGAAAGAGAGCGACGAAGUUUCACCAGGGGUAAGGCGCUUUGUCUGUAAACACAUCCAGGACCUCGAAAAGGUCCUGAGCCUGCUCGAAGAGCAUAACCUCACGGCAAGCGGGGCCAAAUCGAGACACUGCAUGAGGGAAGCGACUAUCUUGGGGAUAGUCUGCAAUGAGAAGGGCCGAAGGCCGGAUGUGAAGAAGACGGACAAGAUUACUGAGUGGCCAGUUCCGUUCCACUCAAUAACUGAUGUCAGGAGCUUCCUUGGUACGUGUGGAUUUUGGAGGGCCUUCGUCAAGAACUUUGCCGCUAAGACUCAACACCUGAGGAAGUUAGUCCAUCAGGAUCAGGAAUGGGUAUGGGGUGAGGAACAAGAUGAGGUGGUGGCAAAAAUGAAAGAGGAAUUUCGAGAAGGAGGGUUGGUGUUAGGAGCGCCAGAUUAUGACGCCACAGAGACACGACCCUUCAUUGUCGAAACGGAUGCGGGACCGACCGCCUUAGGGGGAGUUAUAAUACAGGCAAACAUGGAAGGAAAGGAAAGACCCUUGCGAUUUGAGAGUCGGACUCUCAGUAUGACAGAGAGGAACUACUCUCAGUUCAAGAGGGAGACCCUUGAUGUCCUCCACUGUCUGCGAAUCUUCCGGAACUAUGAAAGCCUAGACCAGUCAGGCUCGUUGAACCCGGCAGGGAAUGUGGACGAAAUACCCGAGAGUCAGGACGACGAGUUUCAAGAAGGGAAAAUUAAGGAAGCUUUUCGUGUAGAGGAGUACGACGGGAUCUACCUAGAGCUGGGGCUUCUUCUGCCAUGUGAAAUGCGGCUAAGAGAUGCGAGCGAUAGAGCUCAAAGGAUGCUGCAGCGCUACUUAUCUGACUUUACGAAGACAGCCAUGCCAAGAGGAGGGAAGGGGACAUGGCCGCCUCAGAGGCCGUUGGGCGCAUCAGGAGGAUAUGAGCGGCAUGGGCCUCGCCAUCGAGAGAGUACUCCAGUCUACAAUGAUGGGGACAUCGAGCUAUUCCUAGACAGUUUCUGGGAGCAUGAGAGGCGUAUGGGCUGGACCGUCGCUCAGGCGAUUGAGAGAUUGAGGGGAGCAGGUAGGCUCGAAGAGCCCAUUGCCAGGAUUCGUAGGGAGGCGACGACGAGGCARGAGGUGKAGAURAGGAUGGAGGAGUUGCGACCCUCGCCUGUGGGACCUGAUGGCAGGCCGAUCCGCCUGGAGAUUGGAAAUGCGUCGGACUUCAUCCCCGCGUUUGAGUGGUUCAUGCAAGAGCAGGGCAUACCGAGAGAUGAUUGGAUGCAGACGCUACCACUCUGGACCAGGAAGGCGGAAAGGCCACUGGUUAUGAAGAUCAAGGACAUGGCACGAGAUUGGGAGAGYUGCAGGGCACAUUUGAGAGAGGCCUUUCGACGGCCAAAGCUCCCUCAGCCCAAAGUCGAGAGGCGGCAGAGGAGUCAGAGGCCGAGGGACCUUGAGCCCAGGGAGGCGAGACCAUCUCGAGGAGGACGGAAGGCCCUAGCCAGGAGAGAGCAGGAGCCAGAGGAUGAGGAGCGGGGGGCAUACCCUGAGUGUGGGUUGGGACCAGUGGAGUUCCGUCGUUUUACCGAGGGUGGAUUGAGGAGAUCGCCAGCACACACACAGGGGGAGCCACCAGCGUCAGAGGGGCCCUUGAGGGAAUUGGAGAUGCAUUUAGAUAUUUCUCGGUGGAGGGCGUCGCUUCAGGGUGAGGGGCAUGGAGAGCAGGCAGAGGAGGUGUCACGAGAGGAGGUGCCACGAGAGGAGGUACCACAGGGGGAGAUACCACGAGAGGAGAUGCCACGGGAGGAGAUACCACAGGAAGAGGUCCGGGGUACUCAGCGAGAGAGAGGGAUGGGCGAUGAGGGGAGACGUGCAGGGAAGGAAGUGAUAGAGGUUGGAGGGGACACGCCCCCACAGACGCCAGCAGUGGGUUUGAGACUCGGGGAUGCACCAGAGAGCACCCGGCAGGCAAAGGAGGGGUUGCAGAGAGAGGAGACCCCUUUACCUUCGUCAGAAAAGGCUCUUUCGCCAGAAGGGAGGGCAGAAAGGAGGAGAGAGAGUGCAGCUGUAAGGAGAGAAGCUUGGAUCCUGAUUGAUAGGCACCUAGCAGCUCAUGCCCUGGAGCACCCAGACCUGGAGGAGCCAGCACCUGCAGAGCCACGCCAGGAGUCAUGCCAGCCCGAGAAGGACAUGGAAGCAGAAAUCCCAAAGAGGGUCGACCUCCGCACGAGGAAAAGGGUGCUAGCUGGAGAGACGACUGAAGAAAAGAGGGCGAGACGAACCAGGCGGAUAGAUGAGAUAUGGCAGGAGAGGCAGAGGUUGGAGGCAGCGGGGGAGCUCCCGGAGCAGCAGCAGGAGAGGCAGAGAUCGGAGGCAGCAGGAGCACUCCCGGGUCAGCCACCCAGUGUGCCAGCCAAGGCCCCGGAGAUUCCUGAGAUGUGGAGAGACUUCUGGGAGCAGAGAGGAGAGGAGCUUUCAUCGCCAGUCAGAGCCGGGUUUGGGGUGGCCAGGAAGGCGGAAAAAAAGGUUAGAUCGUAAAAUCAAGUUCCUGGCCAAGA